AUGGAUCCUUCAGCGAUCACACCUCCUGUUCUCUCACCAACCUCUCUUACUUUCCCAACUACAAACCACACAAAUGGUGCUGUAGAUGGAACCCCCAAUUUCCACGGUUACGACCAUAUCACUUGGUACGUAGGAAACGCCAAACAAGCAGCUUCCUACUACACCACCCGUCUCGGUUUCUACACAAUAGCCUACAAAGGCCUUGAGACCGGUUCGAGAUAUAUCGCUUCUCACGUCGUAGCAAAUGGAGACAUCAGAUUCGUUCUCAUGUCUCCUGUCCGCUCAUACACCUGUCUUGAGGAAGAUGAACCCAUCUCAGAUGAAGACCGCGCCUUACUAAAGGAUAUGUACGAGCACAUGGAGAAACACGGAGACGCAGUGAGAGAUGUAGCCUUCGAGGUUGACAACGUAGAAGGUGUAUAUCGACAAGCCGUCGACGCAGGAGCCGUCUCCGUCCAAGUCCCUCGCACCAUCUCCGAUGAAAAUGGAUCCAUCACCACAGCGAUCAUCCGCACCUACGGCGACACAACCCACACCCUGAUCUCGCGAGAUUCCUACACCGGUCCCUUCCUCCCCAACUACAUCUCCAUCCCCGCCUCCAAGUCCGACCCCUUACAAGCACUCCUCCCAUCCAUCCUCCUCGAAGCCAUCGACCACUGCGUCGGAAACCAAGACUGGGGCGCCAUGGAGUCGGCCUGCGCCUACUACGAGAAAUGCCUCUCCUUCCACCGCUUCUGGUCCGUCGACGACUCCCAGAUCUCAACCGAGUUCUCGGCCCUCAACUCCAUCGUCAUGGCCUCCCCCAACAACCUCGUCAAAAUGCCCAUCAACGAACCCGCCCCGGGAAAAAAGAAAUCCCAAAUCGAAGAAUACGUCUCCUUUUACUCGGGCGCCGGCGUGCAGCACAUCGCCCUCCGCACACCCGACAUCGUCACCGCCGUCACGAACCUGCGUGCGCGCGGCGUGGAGUUCAUUUCUGUGCCGUCGACGUACUAUGCUACCAUGCGGAUGCGGUUGAAGACUGAUAAGCGCGCUUGGAAACUCGCCGAGGACUUUGAUGUCCUGGAGAAACUGAAUAUCUUGAUGGAUUUUGAUGAGGGGGGGUAUUUGUUGCAGUUGUUUACGAAGCCCCUGAUGGAUCGGCCGACGGUGUUUGUGGAGAUUAUUCAGAGGAAUGGGUUUGAUGGGUUUGGGGCGGGGAAUUUUAAGAGUCUUUUUGAGGCGAUUGAGAGGGAGCAGGCGGAGAGGGGGAAUCUGUGA